CACUUUGUCAACAACGCUCCUUGUUCAUUUCACUCUCUCCUUUCACCCCAUGCUCUCAAGGACUCCGACACACGCUCUGCGCGCUGUGCGCCUCGCGCCGCAUAUGCGUGCCGGCGUGCGCGCCACACCUGUGCGGUUCAGCACGGGGAACUCGGGCAACAAACAGUCGCCGAUGACGAUCAGGCGUAACGCCAUCGUGGCCGGCACGCUGCUCGUCGCGUCGGCCGCGCUGUACUACUACGAGUGGAAGUCCAUGGGACUCGCCGGCCCGGAGAAGACGGAGCCCGGGUUCACGGUGACGAUCAACACGUCGGCCGGGGUCAAGACGUGGAACUUCCAGCGCAAGCCCGAGGCCGAGCUCGAGGCCAUGCUCCACGAGCACGAGGAAACGACCGCCGUCGGACGCAAGGGGAACCCCGUGGUCAAGUGGGACACGAACCACGUCGCGUCGAAUGAGCCCUGCGAGGACCGCUCGGCGGGCGACAUUGUCCCCCGUGGCCAGGCGAAGGGAUGGUGGGUAACCGGCGACGUCGAGGGAAAGGCCAACCACCCGGGACACCGCGACCUUGUCCUCCUCUCAGUCAUUGAUGGACACGCUGGUGAUGCGACGAGCCAGCUGCUGAGCAAGACGCUCCACCCCACUAUCGCGCUCUACCUUGCUGGUCUGCAAGCCGGCAUCGUCCCCGGCCGCAGCUGGUACGACAAGCUCACCGACGUGCUGACCUGGGCCAAGGUCUGGAGCCCAUUGAACGUGUCGCGGGUGCUUCAGACUGCCUACGUUCAGCUCGAUGACAACAUCUGUCAGGCGCCUAUCCGGCAGCUCCCGUCCCUCCUUGCGGCCGAGGACGCGGUCGAGGCGCGUCAGAAGUUCGUCGCCCUCGCCCAGCCCGCCGCGGCUGGUGCAGUGACCGCUACGGCGUUCGUCGAUGCCGAGAACGACGGGUUGUAUGUCGCUGUUGCGGGCGACUGCCGUGCCGUGGCGGGGUGGCAGGUGGCCGAUGGCAGCUGGCGGUGCGACGUCCUCACUGAGGACCAGAUGGGCGAGAACCCGCGGGAAGUGGCGAGGAUGCGCUCCGAGCACCCGUCGUACGAGGCCGACACGGUCAUCCGCAACGGGCGUGUGCAGGGUGGCCUGCAGCCGACCCGCGCUUUCGGCGACGCAGUGUACAAGUGGACGUCGGCGCAGAGCCAGGCCGUCGCCGACGUGUUCCGCGCCGAGGGCGCCAAGCCUCGUGCGUCCCGUCCUUGGAACUUCACCCCGCCGUACGUGACGGCCCGGCCCGAGGUGUCGCACCGGACGCUGCACCAGGGAGAGGAGAAGCUGAAGUUUUUGGUGCUGGCGACGGACGGAUUGUGGGACCGCAUCACGUCUGAAGAAGCCACCCUCCUGAUGGCAGCAUACAUUGCCAACCCGAAGCGCCCGGACGUGGGCAAGAAGACGCUGGCUGAGGAGUUCACGGUCAAGACGACCGAGCCGCGUCCCUACCCUGUCGAGGACCUGCCUGGGAAGGGCAAGCGCACCGACGGCCAGUGGGCGUUCGAGGGUGAUGAGAACGCUGCCACGCAUCUGAUCCGCAACGCGCUCGGCGGCGGCGACCGCAAGCUGCGUGGCGAGCUUCUCAGCUUGCACGGCAAGGUGUCGCGGUAUAUGCGCGAUGACAUGACGGUGAACGUCGUCUUCUUUGACGACGAAGAGUAGAGCGUCGGUUGACACAUCGGCGCGACACAUGCGCCACAGAGCACAAUUCAUCGGCAUUGGCGUAGUAUGCAUUAGUGGGAAGAGCGGGGGCGCAUGGCCAAGGGAAAGGAGGCAGAGAAGAGCCAGCGUUGGCCGAAGCCGAGCACUCAUGACCACGAAGAGCUCACCCCCAAACCUCUCCUGAAGAACCUAGUGCAUCAUUACUGCGGAAUAACACAACACGACUAGUCCCAAAGCCACGACACGAAGCGCAACCACCCCUUGGACUUUUCAAGCGGCGGCUCGGGUGUGCGGGCGAUGUGCUCGAGCAUGCUCUCGAGCGGAAUGUCCUGGAGACGGACGGCCUUUGUCCGCCUGAUGAGCUUCCACAGGACAAACAGGACCGCAAUGACGGCGAGGUCGACAUAGGCGGUGAUGAAGGUCGACACGGACCAGUUGCCCUUUGUGAAGGCCGAGAAGCCGUUGGUGAGCAGGAGGAUGAUGCAGAGGGCGAGGGAGGCGGAGGACGAGAAAACUGGGGUCUGUUGUACCACGGCAACUUUGCGGGGUCGAUCCGCUGCUUCCUGAAAGCAGCACGCAGGCGGAGGUGGUUGAUGAGAAUCGCGCUCCACGAGAUGAGCACGCCACAGCCGACGACGUUGAGCAGCCAGUAGAACACGGUCAAGGCGGUGCUGGACAGGCUCAUGAAGGCGAGGGACGCGAACAGCACGUUGGUCGUAACGGCGACAUAGGGCACGCCGUAGCGGUUGGUGCGGAGGAAGACGGCCGGCGCGUGGCGCUUGACCGCGAGGCCGUAGAGGACACGCGAGCCGGCGAGCAGCGCCUGGUUACUGCUGCUCCACGCCGAGGUGAUGACCACCGCGUUGACAAUGCUAGGCCACACCUUGUUGCCUGCUGCCUGCGCCGCGAUCAAAAACGGGGACGUCGCCGCCGUGCCGGCGUCUUCGGCGAUACGCGGGUCGUCGGACGGCACGAUCAUGCCGAUGAUGAGCACGCUGAGGAUGUAGAAGAG